GUAGCUGUGGCGGCGGCUGCAGAAGCCCGAGCAGCCGCGGCCGCAGUAGAGGCUAGCGCCGGAGCGGCGUCGGCGGCGGCACCCCGGGGAGUCUAAGAUGGCGGCGGGGGGGGCGGCGGGCCUGCGGGAGGAGCAGCGCUACGGACUGUCGUGCGGGCGGCUGGGGCAAGACAACAUCACCGUACUUCAUGUGAAGCUCACCGAGACGGCGAUCCGGGCUCUCGAGACCUACCAGAGUCACAAGAAUUUAAUUCCUUUUCGACCUUCAAUUCAGUUCCAAGGGCUCCAAGGGCUUGUCAAAAUUCCCAAAAGUGAUCCCCACAAUGAAGUACAUAACUUUAACUUCUAUCUGUCAAAUGUGGGAAAGGACAACCCUCAAGGCAGCUUUGAUUGCAUCCAGCAAACAUUCUCCAGCUCUGGAGCCUCCCAGCUCAAUUGCCUGGGAUUUAUACAAGAUAAAAUAACAGUUUGUGCAACAAAUGACUCGUACCAGAUGACACGAGAAAGAAUGACCCAGGCAGAGGAGGAAUCCCGCAACCGUAGCACAAAAGUUAUCAAACCUGGUGGACCAUAUGUAGGGAAAAGAGUGCAAAUUCGGAAAGCACCUCAAGCUGUUUCAGAUGCAGUGCCUGAGAGGAAAAGGUCAACUCCCAUGAACCCUGCAAGUACAAUUCGAAAGACACACAGCAGCAGCAGUGUUUCUCAACGGCCAUACAGGGACAGGGUGAUUCACUUACUGGCACUGAAGGCCUACAAGAAACCUGAGCUGCUUGCUAGAUUGCAGAAAGAUGGCGUCAAUCAAAAAGACAAGAACUCCCUCGGAGCAAUUCUGCAACAGGUAGCCAAUCUGAAUCCUAAGGAUCUCUCAUAUACUUUAAAGGAUUAUGUUUUUAAAGAGCUUCAAAGGGACUGGCCUGGAUACAGUGAAAUAGACAGACGGUCAUUGGAGUCAGUGCUCUCUAGAAAACUAAAUCCAUCUCAGAAUGCUGCUGGCACCAGCCGUUCAGAAUCUCCCUUAUGUUCUAGUAGAAACGCUGCAUCUUCUCCUUCUCAGAAACGACUUUUGGAUUCCGAUUUCAUUGAUCCUUUAAUGAAUAAAAAAGCUCGAAUAUCUCACCUGACAAAUAGAGUACCACCAACAUUAAAUGAUCAUUUGAAUCCCACCAGUGAAAAGUCUGCUGCGGGUCUCCCACUGCCCUCUGCAGCUGCUGCCAUCCCCACCGCUCCACCGCUGCCUUCAACCCACCUGCCCGUCUCAAAUCCUCCUCAGACUGUAAUUUCUAACUCCAAUUCCCCUAGCACUCCAGAAGGCCGGGGGACUCAAGACCUACCUGUUGACAGUUUUAGUCAAAACGGUAGUAUCUAUGAGGACCAACAAGACAAAUAUACCUCUAGGACUUCCCUGGAAACCUUACCCCCUGGUUCAGUUCUACUAAAGUGUCCAAAGCCUAUGGAAGAAAACCAUUCAAUAUCUCACAAAAAGUCCAAAAAGAAAUCUAAAAAACACAAGGAAAAGGACCAAAUAAAAAAGCAUGACAUUGAGACUGCUGAGGAAAAGGAGGAGGACCUUAAAAGAGAAGAGGAAAUUGCCAAGCUAAAUAACUCCAGUCCAAAUUCCAAUGAAGGAGUUAAAGAGAGUUGCACUGCCUCUAUGGAGCCUUCUUCAACAAUUGAACUCCCAGAUUAUUUGAUAAAAUAUAUUGCUAUUGUCUCCUAUGAGCAACGCCAGAAUUACAAGGAUGACUUCAAUGCUGAAUAUGAUGAGUACAGGGCCUUGCAUGCCAGGAUGGAGACUGUAGCUAGCAGAUUUAUCAAACUGGAUGCACAACGAAAGCGCCUUUCUCCAGGCUCAAAGGAGUAUCAGAAUGUUCAUGAAGAAGUUUUACAAGAAUAUCAGAAGAUCAAGCAGUCUAGUCCCAAUUACCAUGAAGAAAAAUAUAGAUGCGAGUAUCUUCAUAACAAGCUGGCUCACAUCAAAAGACUAAUAGGUGAAUUUGACCAACAGCAAGCAGAGUCAUGGCACUAAAACUCUGCUGGGACCAGAAGAUGUGAAUAAACUUAAGCUUAUUUAUUUAAAAUUCCAAAUGAGUUGCUCUAAGAUUCUAAAAAGAUGAAACUUUGCCUGUUGAAAGUUUCAGUAUUAGUAAACUUGAGUUCUUUUUUUUUUUUUUUUUUUUUUCCUCACUUUACUUUGCUUCUUUGCAAUUUUGAAGCUGCUUUUUCUGGUCCCUUUUUCCCCUCAAGACUUCUGUUUGUCAAUAAGAAAUGAUUUUUUUAGAUAGAUAUUGGAAAUCCAAUAUCUAUACUUCACAUCAUUUUUUUUCCUCAGAAACUUGUGUUUGUCUUUAGAAAUGACUUUUUUAAAUAUUAGGGACCCAGUGUCCACACUUCAAAGUUGUGUGCUUAAAAAAAAAGUGAUGUGCAAGGUGAAAUGCUUUUGGAUAAACAUAAGCCUAUUUUCUGACCUUUCUUAAUGCAAACUCUUUGCCUUAAGUGGUAGAAUAUUUAGAAAUUUGCACAAAAUACAAAAAAAAAAUUAAAACAUUGUUUUGGAGGGUUAAGAAAUAGAAAAGUGUGUAUGUACGUAUAUAGAUACACAUACACAUAUGUAUAUACAGGCUGACUUGAUCUAGAACAGUAAAUCUGCCCUACAAGUUAACCCCCCAUUGCAAUGGUUGCCUUAAGGUGUUUGCUAGUUGUGUACAUAGUGUGGUUAGUCAUUAGCUACACUGCUUCCCACUUGAUUAGAGCAAUGGGAAGCACACUGUGGCCUACCAGCGUCUGAAGCGUGUGCUCGAACUGUGUGUGUGCAGAGGUUGUGUGGAUGUGAGCAUGCAUGAAGGGAAAAAAAGCUGCUACUCUUAGUAGGCCAAACGCUCAGGUUAAACAACUGACGAGUGUUACUGUAGGUUUUUUUUUUUUCUGUCAAAUUGCUACUUCUAUUGUGGAAGACAAAAGCAUUUCCAUUUCAACAGUUUGUCAGCUUUAUUAAUGUUGGGCAAAAUCGAUAUGUUAUGAAAAUGAAACAGAUCUAUAGUUUUGGGACAAAAUUAUAAAAUUAAAUGUGUAGGUAACCUAUUUAUAUACUGCUAUAAAGUAUUUUUUGAAGAGAGAUAUGCAAAGAAGCUAUUACCUACAUGAAAUGUAUAUUUAAAGAUUUUUUUUCAUCCUGGGUGCCAGGAAUAUUAAAAAGAACAGAUAUAUUUAACCAUAACAUACUGUGAUUCAUCAAACAGCACAAACUUUCAUUUCACGGAGUUUAUCUGUUGACUUUGAUUUAAACUAUCACUUGUUUUAUCAUGUGGGAACAUAAGUUAUAUGGUCAAAAAUGUAAGGAUUUUGAACUAAUGUUAAUUCAAGUUGUGUUGUCUUAUCGUAUUGUCUUUUCAAAGUGCUGCCAGUUGAAAAGGGAAGCAUUAUGUUUACAAAUCUGUUUUGAAAUGUUUGCCAAAUUUUUGGUAGUAUCUUUAAUAAAGAUGUUUGUCUCCAACAUCCAAAAAUAAAUAAAUUAAUAACUUUGUUGUGUAUCACUGUAAACCAGAAAAUGUUGGUAUCUAAAAACCUGAGAGAGUAUGUAGAUUAUGUUUUCUCUUUGGAACAUUAACUGGAAAGAUUAGAUCAUACAGUAAAAGUAUACAGAGUAUACAAAGACUGAAACAAGACCCUUUGCACUACAGCUCUAUAACAUUACUGCAGGUAAAAUUUAAUUUCUAUGUAGCAUGGACCUCCUAGGGAAUUUUGUUAUUUUUGAAUUAAGAUCCCUGGUGCUCUUCCUUUUACCUCAGAAUUGGUACAAUCAUUAUUAAAUGUUAAUUGAUUUCAAACUUUCAGUUGAAAAAGACAGAAAAGAAAAUCUAAUCAGGGAUAAGUGUGGUCCUCACAUUAUUAUGGUGGAGUCUCCUGAAGGGUUUAUAGGUAGGUAAUGACCUCAUUGGUGUAAUUUCUUGGACAUCUUGGCUUUUUAAUCAAAGACUGUUUGCUGCUAUUUGCUAUGAGCAAUGUUUCUCAAAAGCAGGUGCUUGGACCACUUGCAUCACCUGAAUUAGAAUCUCUGGGUAUAAGACCUAGGUAUCUGCAUUUUCACAAGUAUCCUCUAGGUGUCUUUUGCAAGCUGAAGUGUGAGAACCACUGGCUUGUAUGUAGCUCUAAACCUUAAAGUCUCUAAAUCUUGAGAACCGAAGUUCAGCUAUUGACUUUUUGUUCUUGUAAAAGCCCAUCCCUCUGCAUGAUGUGGGGCACCCCCUCAGUUGUUUCACUGCCAACUUUUAUUUCAGAUCCUGUUUACAAACAAGCCUUCCAGUUGGUUCAUUGUUAGCCCUUGAAGCUCCUACCCAUCUACAUCAGCACAUCUUCUAGUUUACAAGUUGGGUAACAAUGAAAUCUGGAGAUGCUUUUUGGAAAUCCAGCAUUGCACACCCGUAGACUUGACCACCUACCUGUAAAAGCCUUAAUUUGGAUGUUUGUUAUAUACAUAGGGCAGAUCCUUGCAAAAUUGUGUCUGUCCAUCAGUUGCAAAUUUGAGAGUUGUACAUCUCUGAAUCUGCUGUUACUCAAGGCUACAUCCCUUUUUGAAGAUGGGCAUAAUCCUAUUAAAAUAUUUAUAAUUAUUAUUCAUGUCCUACUGCAAGAUUUUUAUAUUCUCUCAAAUGGUUGCUGCAGGAAUGGGUGGCCACUUAGUAUCAGUUAUUCUGCAGUAUUUACUUAGGUUUUUUUUGAGAGAACCAGUAAGACAGCAGUGUCAAGAUUAGAGAAUGAACUGUGUUGUUUUAUCACCACAUUUCAUUUAAAUAAAUUGAAGCACUCUUGAAGAGUUUUACCAACACCCAUAAUUUUAUUCAGCUGAUUUUAAACAAACUAGAAUAACAUUAACUAGAUAUGGUUUUGGUUUUUAAGUGACAAUUUCAUUUCCUAUCUUGUUAGUUAUGUGUUUCCCUUGGAAUAAUUUAGUAGAUGGGUUAACGUUCAACUGUUUAAGUAAUGGUAGAUGUUCAGUACUUGCUCUCUCAAAAGUAAUUGGUGUGGUCAGUUAUAUCAUUGCUACAUGCAUUGACUAUAUAAAUUCAGUAUUAAUUUUCCUUCAUCUCUGGUUGAUCUUGUAACCUUUAUAGGAGUUCUCUUUUCCCUUAAAGUGUUUCACCUUAUUGUGUAAAACAAAUGCCUACUUGCAUAGCAAGGUUUUGAAAUGAGGUUUAGACAAAAAUGAUCCAUCUGUUCAUACUCUACUUGGUUGCCUUACCCUCCCCAUUAAUGCAUUCUUUGCUUCUAGAACUUGAUGGAAACUCGUUAGCCAGUUCAUUGUCUUUCUAGCAGUGUAAGUGUGGAGUCAUGUAUGCUUGGCAUAUUGCCUGUACUACUUUUAAAGUUCUUACAAUUUAUUACUUGCCUAAGUGUUACUAAAUCCUUUUCUUAUGUGUACCAGAUGGGAACGUUUUGGGGGAGGCUAUUAACUGACACUACUAAAGGAAGGCAAUAGAUGAUAUUAUCAAUGUUCUUUGUAACCUGAAAACUGAACAAGGCUGUGAGGCUCAUUUCUAAAUAUUUUCAAGUGUUAAAAAAAAUCUAUGCUGUUUCUCAGUUGUUCCACCCAAACCAUGUUAGGACUCUCAAAGGUAAAAUGUCACAGGGGUUUAUCAGUUGCUACUGAGAUCAGCAGCCAUGGUGCCCCCUGUUGUUCUACACCAACUUCAGUUCAAUAAAAAUGUUAACUUUGCAA